AUGGCCCUGCAAGCUGGAAGAGUUCUCCAUGGGCGUCUGUAUGACUUCCAGUUGGAAAAGCCACUGACAAAAUGUUCCACUCUCUUCAAAGCCAGUGUUUUGCCGCAGUCAAAGGCGUCUGGGCUGGAAUGCACCAGCUGGCAGCCCUACAGCACGAAUACCGGAAUCACUGUUUACCACAUAUCCGUGACUUUCAAAUAUAUCCGCGCUCUCGUUGAUACCAUUGGCGACUUUGGCUCUAUCGGUACAAUCAACGUUUCUCCUUUUGAAAAUUCACUGGUAGAGACAUCUGGAGACCCGUGGUGUUUGGCUCUAGAGUGGAUGGAUCAUACCCUCGCGGCCUUUGAUCCCAAAUAUUUUCAAGAGCGUCCCAAGCUCCUUCAAACAGCUUCAUGGAGUGUCUUGAAGGCUCUUUCGAUUUUAAAGGAGCAUAACCUGGUCCAUUCUGAUAACUGCUCAGACGUUAAACGUGAGAAUAUCCUUGUGUCGAAUAUUGACUCGUCUGAGCCCACCGUUAAACUGGCUGAUCUUGGAACAAAAUUCGAACUGGCUGCUAAAUUUGCUGAUCCAAAGACAGGCUACAUGAAGAUCUACUACUCUUUUGAACUUGUAGGGUUUCCUCUUACCUUAUAUUCCCCCCCGAAUAUGAAUUUUGGUCACCACAAUUGGUGCCUUAGCUCAGAUCGCAAGAUCUGUGCUACUGCCUCGAAAUCCCAGUUCACAUAG